GGUCAAGUCUUGUCAACUCACAGACAGCGAGCGCAGCGCAAGGCAUCUCACUUUGUUGCCGCCGGACCGGACAGAAUGGAGCUGUAGGAACACCUGCGUCUCUCGUCCUUGCUUCCGUACAUACUCGUCAGUCCCGACGUCGUUGCCCCUUCGCGGGCCGUCGCUGCUGCACUAGCUGUACUAAGAGCAUGGAGAAGCUAUCGGACGACGUGUUGCUGAUGGUGCUGGAGGAGCUGGAGGAGGCGGAGGACAUCCUGACCUUCCGCGUCGUCUGCAAGCGGUUCGCCGCCCUUGCCCUGCACCCGGCCGUGUGGCGAAACUUUGACGUCAACUACGACAAACCUUACUGCUCGUGCCCCCUGCUGCGUAUGGCGCCCUGCAUUGACACGAUUUCUAUCCGCCUUCCUGCAGAGGGCUGCCUCCAGCGGGCGUGCACCGCGACCAGGUGCGCCGCGGCGAGGUUGUGCAUUGGUGUGGACGGGGCCUCGCACGCCGGGCACGCUGCAGCCAUCAUCAGCAGGCAGGAGACGCUCGGUCGGCUCAUUGACGUUGAAAUAGAAAUCAGCUCCGCGGUGGCGGCUGGUGAUGCCUGCAUGCUGUUGAAUAUGUUGGCGUCGACGUCUCGCUUAAAGAGCCUCUGCGUCAUGGAUCGCGGGGAGGACCGGCUGCCAACCGCACACAACCGCAUUCUGGCCAACACUGUGGUCGCGCCGUCGCUGAGGGAGUUCGGAUGUACCCUCUACGCGCUGACGGAGCCGUUUGUGCAGUUCAUCCUGUCCGAGCACGCCGCCACCAUCGAGGAGGUUAACCUCGGGGGCUCCCCGUCCACCCUGAGCAUGACAUCGAUUGCGCCCCUGCUGGCCGGCGUGACGAACCUCAGAGAGCUGACGGGCAGCUACCUGCCCGGGAUGGAGGCCCUGGCGGCCUGCAAGUCACUCAGUGUCCUGCAUCUCAUCAUGUUCCACACCGAGAGUCUCAGCGGGCCGGCCGUCGCGGGGUCGGCCCAGCUCCUCCAGCGCGCUGAACAGCUGCGUGAAGUGACCCUCGAGUACGAGCCCGCGGUGCGUAGCGUCGCCGACGUCGGCGCAGACCUCGUCCUGGCUCUCGCUGCCUCCGGUCGGUCGCGCGUGGAGAGGCUGCACAUCAUCAACUAUGGUUGUGGUUGUGUUGGAAAUCCCCCCUUGCUUCAGCUGCUGGUCAGCGCGCUGCCGUCGCUGUCGGCGCUGCGGUGCCUGGUGUUAGAGAACGGCGCAAAGAAACCAGACGCGCUUCUGAUGGCCAUCCGGCCCGACGUGGCGCCGUCGCUGCAGAGAGUUGAGGUGUGUCUGUCCGAGGGCUGCGCUCACUUCUGGCUCCACGGCGACACGGUCAAGACUGUUAUGGCGGCGAACCCCUCACUCCAUAUAAAGUUGGACGCCUCGAGACUGGUCUGUGGUGGUAAUACCGCGCGUUGCGGGGCAUGUCAACUGGGCUGCCACGGUGAACUGAGGGGCGAUGGUACCUUGAGACGUGAUCUUACUUCGGGGUCCUUCCCUUGCGUGCCUUGCAUUUUCUCUCAUGACCCUAUGGAUGAGUGUUCGGAGGACCACAGUGAAAACUCAUCCGAGCUCUGGAUCCACCUGCCUUUAUGAAUCGUUAUGUGCAGUUUUGUAAUAGUUUUUCAGUGAAUAAAGGGUCAGUUUUCU